AUGGACAUUGUGCACACUGCAGGCCUGGAGGGAUGCAAACCAUGUAAGUUUUCUUUCCCAAAAGGAAUCAGGUUAUCAACUGAUGAGGGAGAAGUUCUCACUGAUCCUGAAACAUAUAGAAGCAUCAUUGGGAGGUUACUCUACUUAAACCUCACAAGACCUGACAUAUCCUAUUUUGUGCAACAACUUAGUCAAUUCAUGGCUUGUCCCAGAAAGCCACACUUACAAGCUGCCUUUCAUGUGAUCAAAUACCUUGCUGGCACAAUUAACUGGGGCUUAUUUUAUCAGGCUGAUUCUGACACAUCACUUUCAGCUUAUUUUGAUGCAGAUUGGGGAACUUGUGCCUUCAGUGGGAGAUCCUUAACUAGAUACUGUGUCUUUCUUGGCAAGAAUCUUGUGUCUUGGAAGACCAAGAAAUAA